GUGGCUUCGAACCCUCCGCGGGAUCCUUGUCCUUUUGCGUCGCCUGUGAUCCCGGGACCGUUCGGCGCCUUUUUCUCUCCGCGUUUCCAGUGACUGUUGACAAGUGUUGUAAACAUGCCACCACGGAAGGAAUUGUCAUUACGUGAGAGAGUGGAUUUGAUCAAGAACAGUAGGGGCAAAAGUCAUAGAGAGUUAGCUGUGAUCUAUGGCAUUGGCAGAACACAAGUUGGAUCCAUUCUCAAAAGGAAGGCUGAAUACAUGACAGCUUUUGAAGAAAAUCAACGGCCUGAUAGAAAACGUGUGUGUUUGAACUCUCAGUAUGAGGACAUUGAUAAACUGACGUGGAAGUGGUUCCAGCGUGCCCGUGGCCUCAACAUGCCUGUGUCUGGCCCUAUGAUACAGGAGAUAGCACUCAUCUUUGCAGCAUCACUUGGCAAGCCUGCUUUCAAGGCAUCAAAUGGCUGGCUUGGCCGUUUCAAGUCCAGACACAACAUUGGGUCUGCAAUCGUGUCUGGGGAAAAGGGUGACGUUGAGCCUGCUAUUGUUGGCAACUGGAAGGAGAAACUCCCAGAGAUUACAGCUGGCUACGCACCCAAGGGCAUCUCUAACAUGGAUGAAUCUGGUGUUGUUUUCAGGGCUCUCCCUGACGGGAGCCUUUCAGUUUGUGAUGAUGACUGCACUGGUGGGAAGGAGUGUCUAAUGGAGGAGUUUCUACAAGGGACCAGCGACACUGAGGAACAGGACACACAGGAGAAGGAACAGGAAGAGCAACCUAAAACUUCAAAGACCCCUCUCACUUAUGCUGAUGCAUUGGGUAUGCUGGGACAAGUGAAGGACUUUUGCCUAGAUCAAGGACUAGAUGUGUGGCAGGCUUUGGCUGAUGCUGAGGGUCAGCUGCAGGCCAAGGCAGUGCAAGUUAAAUUAGCAGCCAGACAAACAACAUUGGACUCUUUCUUCAAGAAAUGAACAUUUUUUGUGAUUUUUAACUUCUCGUGUGAACUUUGAAUAAUGAGACCUAAGAUCUGUUUUAAAUGUGACAAUGCCUUUAUUUUAGUGAGAUUGCAAAGUAUGGUUGUUGAAUGUUCAUCCAAUGUAAUCUUAAAGGUCACUAUGUUCAUCCUACGUAAACCUGUUUCAGUAAUCUGGUCACCUCACUAAGUAGGUCACUUUUGCCUAGUCACUUGAGUGACCUGAUUAGUGAGGUUCCCCUAUAUUUAAUGCAUGGUUCAUAUCAUAUACAGUAGCUUUACAUUUUAGUAUGUUAAUUUAUUUUUUAUUUAAUUUGUAGAAGGAGUUAACUAACUCCAUUAUUGCACCCAUAGUAAUUACAUGUUUUUUUUAAACUGUUAAACCCCUUGAACAAGGUUUAGGUUAAGGAAUGUGUACUAUUAAAACCACAAGUAUAAGAUUAGUUUUAAAGUUGAUCAAGUGAUGGUGAACACUUAACUCUGUGACUGGUUCAGAUACUUGCAGUAAAUUCUGUAAAUGUUGGCAGUGCCUUUUAAUCUAGGCUAAACAUUUUUUCAGUUGAGAGGCACCAAAACAUCUCAAUGUAAAAAUUCUUAAAUCUCACAUAUAAGGGCACAAGUUCAACAUUAGCAAAGAGAAAGUUUAAGGUAGAAAUUGAAAAAUUACAGUAAUUCUUUAUCUAGAGGUUAAUCAACAGGUGUAAUUAUUCCAUAUAUUUCACUCACAACUAUCUCAGUAUGGUUGCUACUUCCAAACCACUUAAGAGUGAAGGUUUCAACAGAUACUGUAUUCAGAAAAUAAUGCAAUAUAGUAUACAGCGUCAGUACAUGUAGCGUCUUUCAUGUUGGGAGAAUGUCUCAAACCCUUCAGAAUUAAUUAAGUGGGGAGAUUGCUGAUUGGAUGCAGAGUUGGUGUUUCAAGAGGAAGAUAAAAUUGUUCUGAGGAGGUGUUAUACUUAACCCUAGCAUUGAACUGAAUUGGCUCUUUCACUUUCUUUUCCUGUCCUUUUUCAUUUCUCUUUUGACCAGAAGCAUAUCUGCGUACUAGAGCUUCCUCUUUACCAUACAUUCCCAUUGACAAAUCAUGUAAUCGUUGUUCUGACUCACAUCCUAACCUGUCAAGAUAUUCCUGAGAUUGGGGAAGUGAUUUGAGAUUUUGGAACAACUGCCUCAUUUAGAGGUUAGUAAAUCGCACCAGUCUGCAACUAGUACAUGAGCUUUUGGUUUGCAAACCUAUCGGUAUUAUGGUUCAGGUUAUUGCCUUUCAUCAUGAAGCCUUAAGAUUCCUCCCUGCUUUGGUUGAGAGUAUCCAAUGCUUCAGCUCGCCAUGCAUGUGGACUCUAAUGAUCCUAUUCAAAUGAACAGUUUUGAUUUGUUUUUCUUUCUCCCACUAAAGCUGCAUGUCAUUGAACUGCUA